AUGCUGGACGAAUACAAGAAGAUUCUGGCACAGUCACGCAAUCCUGAUGAUCCUGAAGACGUCGAGAUCGCCAUUGUUCCUAUCAUGCUGUGGUCCGAUUCUACUCACCUGGCGCAGUUCGGCUCUGCUGCGUUAUGGCCCAUCUAUGCAUUCUUUGGCUUUAUUUCAAAAUAUGUACGAGCAAAACCAAAUGCGUUCAUGGCCAACCAUCUGGCAUAUAUUCCUUCCCUGCCACAUAUCAUUCAAGAUGUUUAUCAGAAGCUCUACGACACUGCUGCCACCGCGGAUGUACUUCGGUUCUGCAAACGUGAACUAUUUCAUAAAAUAUGGACGCUUAUCCUUGAUCCAGAGUUCAUGCAUGCAUACGAACACGGCAUCCUUCUACGAUGUGGCGAUGGCAUUCUACGUCAUCUGUUUCCACGAUUCUUUACAUAUUCAGCCGACUACCCUGAAAAAGUUUUAAUUGCAUGUAUCCGUUAUCUGGCACGGUGUCCCUGCCCUCGCUGCCUCAUCCUGAAGAACGAUAUUGCUCAGAUGGGCUCUGAAGUGGAAAUGCACCGCCGUGCUCACGCUCGCACUGAUAACUCAAGCAUGCAUGGCAUCAUCGAGCGCACUAGAGCAUGGGUGUUCCAGAAGGGUAUAGCAUUAAAUAGCAAGACGAUCUCCCACCUCUUGAAUCCAAAAUCUUUGGUUACGACACGGAGCGCAUUUUCGGACAGGCUCGCCAGCUUCGGUUUCAACCAUUAUGCGAUGCUUGUGCCAGAUCUUAUGCAUGAGUUUGAGCUUGGUGUAUGGAAAGCCAUCUUCACGCACCUGCUUCGAAUUUUGUAUGCCGAAGGCCAUGAUCGCAUUCAGACGUUCAACAAGUGGUUUCGCAAAGUUCCAACGUUUGGCCGAGAUACAAUUCGCCGCUUUGACGUUAAUGUCUCAGCAAUGAAGAAACUGGCUGCCAGGGAUUAUGAGGAUAUUCUUCAGUGCAUAAUGCCAGUGCUCGACCUCCUUCUCCCUGCUCCACACCAUGACAUUGUUAUGGAUCUUGUCUUCUACCUCGCCACUUGGCAUGCGCUUGCCAAAUUGAGGCUUCAUACGACCAGAACAAUCAAUAUUUUUGAGCAAGUAACAACAUCACUUUGUCGCGCUGCAUGUCAAUUUUUGCACGAAACAUGUGAAGAUUACAUCACUCUGGAACUUCCAAAGGAGGAGGCCGCGAGGGGACGCCGAACUGCUGUCAAGCGAACUAGGGAUGGUCAUCACACAUCAACGACAAAGUCUCAGCCAGCGACGAAAGGCAAGGUGAAGGAAGUGAGCACAGGUGCACCUGUGGCACGCAAUAUCAAGCGACUGAAUCUCAAAACGUAUAAAUGGCACGCUCUCAUAGACUAUGUAGAAGCGAUUAAGUCAUAUGGCACUACCGAUAACUACACAACGCAAACUGGUGAGCUUGAGCAUAGACGUGUCAAGGGAUUUUAUGUGCGCACCAAUAAAAAUGGCCAUCGCUUUCUUGAUCGCAACUGUACUAUUCAGGCUAUGGAUGCAGGACUUGUGGAUGGUAGUGGCAUAGGAACUCCAGCUCCAGGGCUCACGAGUGCAGGCGAGCCAAUCCUCAGUGGUGCGGCAACUUUGAAUUUCUCUAUGACAGAUUCACUGCCAUUCUACACGCCACCAGAAGACAAAUAUCAUAUGUCAAAGCGUGCGCCUUACGGUAAAGAUAUCGGGCGAUGGCUUCGAGCAAACAGGGAUGAUCCUGUAUUUAAGGAUUUCCUACCGCACCUCAAGGACCAUCUACUCUCACGUCUCACCGGUCGUCCCUACGAUGGGGAUGAGAAUGCCUUCACAGUGGUCGAGCAUGACGUGCUGCGCUUUGAAAGCGAUCGCAUACAUUUUUACAAGGUCUUGCACGUGAACUAUACUACAUAUGACAUUCGACGCGCACAGGACUCGAUCAACCCACGUACUCACCCCUUCAUCAUGCUCUUGGCACAUGAGGAUGAUGAUGAGAGGGAAGAUGGUAGUCCAGACAGACAUCCAUAUUGGUAUGCUCAAGUCGUCGGCAUAUUUCAUUUUGAUGUUAUUCACAGAGGCAUCCACUCGACGUCAUUUCGGCCUCAGCGAAUGGAUGUCUUAUGGGUGCGAUGGCUUGGGGUGGAUCCUGAUGCACUGGGCCUUUCCCAUCACCGCCUUCCUCGUGUUGGUUUCGUACAUCAUCAUGAAGCCAUGCCGUUCGGCUUCGUCGACCCAAAUGAGGUGUUGCACGGCGCUCAUCUUAUUCCGGCAUUUGCAUAUGGCAAGACAGACAGCCUUCUACCCAAGUCUUUGGUAUGGCAACCAAGCUGCAAAGAUAUGGAUUACGUGAAUUACUAUGUCAACAUACAUGUUGAUCGUGACAUGUUUAUGCGACAUCUCGGAGGAGGUGUCGGACAUAAAGGUGUUGCACCUGCGCCCUCCGACUUGGAGCUUGCUGUGGCACUAAAGCAUGGAUUGACAGUAGAGCCACCAUGGAGUACAACACCGAGUGAAGACGAGGAAGAUGGUGAUCGCCACAGCAAAGCAGAGAAUGAGGAAGAGUGGGAGUUGGAUGAGGGUAGUAUUUGUGAUGAAGAAGACGACUAUGGAUAUGGAGCGACCAAUCCCGAACCUGAAGAUGUAGUAGGAGAAGCGACGCAGUGGGAAAACGAGCCUGAGCAGGAGGAUCUCGGCCUCGAGGAUGGGGAGGAUGGCGACAUAGAGGAUUUGUAUGCGGCUUACGGUUUUGCCAUGUUGUGA